GACGCGGAGCGGAGAAUGGAGAUGUGAAUAGGGGGUCUCAGUCACAGUUGGAGAAUCAACGAGUACACAUCACUGCACGGAGUUCUUGGGGACAAAGCGCUCACCAAAAUUUCCCCAAUGUUGGUUCUUUGUUUAUGGACUUUUUGAAGAGAAAAAACCCAUUGGAUCUAUGAUAACCCUACGAGGAAUUAAAGAGAUUUUAUAAACCGACGAGGAGGAAUGCAUCGGUUCCUUGUGAAACUUACAACUCUACUCGUAUUGAUAGCUCUAACGAAAGGGCAAGGAUGCCUUGGGCCAGACUCCUGUUUGAACGGAGGCACCUGUGAGCCCACCGGUAAUGGCAGAACCGAAUGCAAGUGUCCGGAAAAGUACCUGGGAUCGAGAUGUCAACACACCAACCCCUGCUACGCCAACCCCUGCAACAAUGACGGCACAUGCCGCGUGGUACCCCGGGGCAACCGCUUCGAGUCCAAGUGCGAGUGCCGGCCGGGCUACAGCGACCCGCUCUGCCUCACGCCGGUCAACAACGUGUGUCUGAACAACCCGUGCCGCAACGGGGGCACCUGCGACCUCAUCAGCACCCGCGAGUACCGCUGCCGCUGCCAGCCCGGAUGGUCAGGUAAAACAUGCCAGCAGGCGGACCCCUGCGCCUCGAACCCGUGUGCCAACAGUGGCACCUGCAAAGCCCUGGAGUCCGCCUACCUGUGCGAGUGCCCGCCCAACUUCUUUGGCCAGACCUGCAAGAUGGACACCAACGAGUGCACGCAGACCCCCAACAUCUGCAAGAACGGGGGCACGUGCGUGAACGAGGUGGGCACCUACCACUGCCGCUGCCCGCAGGAGUACACGGGCAGGCACUGCGAGACGCUCUACAUGCCCUGCAGCCCCUCGCCCUGCCGCAACGGGGGCACCUGCGUCCAGAAGGGAGAGACCACCUACCAGUGCACCUGCCUACCAGGUUUCAAUGGACAGAACUGUGAGCACAACAUCAAUGACUGCACUAACCAUGGUUGUGAGAACGACGGGGUCUGUGUGGAUGGUGUCAACACUUACAACUGCCAAUGUACACCUCAGUGGACGGGUCAGUUUUGCAAUGUCGACGUUGAAGAGUGUGCACUGAUGCCCAACGCCUGCCAGAACGGUGGCACGUGCAUCAAUGCCCAGGGCGGGUACCACUGCGUGUGCGUGAACGGUUGGACGGGUGAUGACUGCAGCGAGAACAUCGACGACUGUGCUGACGCGGCCUGCAACGCGGGUGCCACCUGCCAUGACCGCGUGGCAUCUUUCUUCUGCCAGUGCCCUCACGGCCGCACAGGCUUGUUGUGCCAUUUGGAGGAUGCCUGCAUGAGCAACCCUUGCCAGAAGGGCUCCAACUGUGACACCAACCCAGUGAACGGCAAGGCCAUCUGCACCUGUCCCACUGGCUACGUUGGGCCAUCCUGCGACCAGGACGUCGACGAGUGCUCCCUAGGUGCCAACCCCUGUGAGCAUGGCGGAAAGUGCCUUAACACUAUGGGCUCCUUCCAAUGCAAGUGCCCUACUGGCUACGUUGGCGCCCGCUGUGAACUGGACUACAACGAGUGCCUUUCCAACCCGUGCCAAAACGACGCCACCUGCCUCGACCAGAUCGGAGGGUUCAAAUGCAUCUGCAUGCCAGGCUACGAGGGGAUCUAUUGCCAGAAGGAUACCAACGAGUGCCUCAGCGCCCCCUGCCUCAACAACGGGAAGUGCAUCGACAAGAUCAACACCUUUGAGUGCCAGUGCCCCACAGGAUUCUCUGGGUCAAUCUGCCAGGUGGAUGCAGACGAGUGCGCCAGCACACCAUGCAAGAAUGGCGCCAAAUGCAUCGACGGGCCCAACAAGUACACAUGCGAGUGCACUGAAGGUUACACCGGUCAGCUGUGCGAGCUGGACAUCAACGAGUGUGCGUCCAACCCGUGCCACUAUGGCUCGUGCAAGGACGGCCUGGCGUCCUUCAGCUGCGAGUGCACGGCGGGCUACACGGGGCGCCUGUGCGAGACCAACAUCAACGAGUGCCUGAGCCAGCCCUGCCAGAACGGGGGCACGUGCCAGGACAGCGUCGACUCCUACCGCUGCCUCUGCCCCAAAGGCACUUCGGGCAUCAACUGUGAAAUCGACGUGGACGACUGCAAGAGCAACCCGUGCGACUACGGGACGUGCAUCGACAGGAUCAACGGCUAUGAGUGCACGUGUAAGCCAGGCUACUCAGGGAAAAUGUGCCGAACUAACAUCGACGAGUGUGCGAGCAACCCGUGCCACAACGGGGGCACGUGUGUGGAUGGGGUGAACAGCUUCACCUGCCUGUGCCGCGAGGGCUUCCAAGACCCCACCUGUCGCUCCCAGGUCAACGAGUGCCUCAGCAACCCUUGCAUCCACGGACACUGCCAAGACAAGGUCAACGGCUACAACUGCAUCUGCGACUCGGGCUGGAGCGGCUCCAACUGCGACAUCAACAACAACGAGUGCGACUCCAACCCCUGCAUGAACGGGGGCAGCUGCCGAGACAUGACCAGCGGAUACUACUGCACCUGCCGAGCCGGAUUCAGCGGUCCUAACUGCCAGACUAACAUUAAUGAGUGUGCGUCCAACCCCUGCCUCAACCAAGGCAGCUGUAUUGAUGAUGUGGCUGGAUACAAGUGCAACUGCAUUCUGCCCUACACUGGGGAGAACUGCGAGACCCUGCUGGAGCCGUGCGCCCCCAAGCCCUGCAAGAACGGGGGCGAGUGCCGGGAGUCGGAGGACUACGAAAGCUUCUCCUGCGUGUGCCCCAAAGGCUGGCAAGGCCAGACCUGCGAGAUCGACAUCAACGAAUGUGUGAAGAGCCCUUGCAAGAACGGAGCCUCCUGCCAAAACACCAAGGGAAGCUACCAGUGCAACUGCAAAGCCGGAUUCACCGGACGCAACUGCGAAAGCGACAUAGACGACUGCAAGCCUAACCCAUGCAGCAACGGUGGCCACUGCAAAGACGGUGUCAACAGCUUCGUCUGCUCUUGCCUGGCGGGUUUCCGUGGCACGCGGUGCGAGGAGGACAUCAACGAGUGCGAGAGCAACCCGUGCAAGAAUGGCGCCAACUGCACCGACUUUGUCAACAGUUACACCUGCACGUGCCCGGCUGGCUUCAGUGGCAUACAUUGUGAAAACAACACGCCCGACUGCACAGAGAGUUCCUGCUUCAAUGGGGGCACCUGCAUGGAUGGCAUCAACACCUUCACCUGCCUGUGCCCGCCGGGCUUUACUGGCAGCUACUGCCAGCACGACAUCAACGAGUGCGACUCCAAGCCCUGCCUCAACGGCGGCUCCUGCCAGGAUAGCUAUGGCACCUACAAGUGCACCUGUCCCCAGGGCUACACCGGCCUCAACUGCCAGAACCUGGUGCGUUGGUGCGACUCUUCGCCGUGUAAGAACGGAGGCAAGUGUUGGCAGACGGGCACCACGUUCAGCUGUGAGUGCCAGAGCGGCUGGACUGGCUUCUACUGCGACAUCCCCAGCGUGUCCUGCGAAGUGGCCGCCAAACAGCAAGGUGUGGAGGUGGCGCACCUCUGCCGCAACUCGGGCCAGUGUCUGGACGCGGGCAAUACACACUUCUGCCGCUGCCAGGCAGGCUACACGGGCAGCUACUGUGAGAAGCAGGUGGACGAGUGCGUGCCCAACCCCUGCCAGAACGGCGCCACCUGCACCGACUACCUGGGCGGCUACUCUUGUGAGUGUGUUGCGGGCUAUCACGGGACAAACUGCACCAAUGAGAUCAAUGAGUGCCUUUCUCAGCCCUGCCAGAACGGCGGCACCUGCAUCGACCUGAUCAAUACCUACAAAUGCUCCUGUCCCCGCGGGACCCAAGGUAUCCACUGUGAGAUCAACGUGGAUGAUUGCAACCCCUCCACCGACCCUCUCACCAAGGAGCCCAAGUGCUUUAACGGCGGCGAGUGUGUGGAUGGCGUUGGCGGUUACCACUGCAUCUGCCCCGCCGGGUACGUGGGCGAGAGGUGCGAGGGCGACGUAAACGAGUGCCUGUCCAACCCGUGCGACCCGCGGGGCACCCACAACUGUGUGCAGCUCACCAACAACUACCGCUGCGAGUGUCGCACCGGAUACACAGGUAAACGCUGUGAGCAGGUGUUUGAUGGCUGCAAGGGUAAGCCCUGUCGUAACGGAGGCACCUGUGCCGUAGCCAGCAACACGGCCCAUGGAUUCAUCUGCAAGUGCCCACCGGGCUUCACUGGCUCUACGUGCGAGGGCGACGCGCACUCCUGCGGCUCGCUGCACUGCCGUAACGGUGGCACGUGCGUGUCGGGCCACAAGAGCCCGCGCUGCCUGUGCCCGGCCGCCUUCACGGGGCCCGAGUGCCAGUACCCGGCCGACAGCCCGUGCCAGAGCAACCCCUGCUACAACAGCGGCACGUGUCAGUACACCAGCGCCGAGCCCUACUACCGCUGCUUGUGCCCGCCGCGCUUCAACGGGCGCCUCUGCCAGAUGCUGGACUACACCUUCCCCGGUGGCCCGGGCGACGACAUCACCGCUGUGCCCAAGGUGGAGGCCAGUUGUGAGAUCGAUGACUGCGACCUUCGCUCGGCCGACAGCGUGUGCGACAGCAAGUGCAACAACUUUGAGUGCGGCUGGGACGGUGGGGACUGCUCGCUCAACUUCGACGACCCGUGGAAGAACUGCUCGGCCGCGCGCCAGUGCUGGCGCUACUUCAACGACGGCAAGUGCGACGAGCACUGCAACAACCCGGGAUGCCUCUACGACGGCUUCGACUGCCAGAACCUGGAAGGCCAGUGCAACCCUCUCUACGACCAGUACUGCAAAGACCACUACUCAGACACGCACUGCGACCAGGGCUGCAACAACGCUGAGUGCGGCUGGGAUGGCCUGGACUGUGCCAACAACAUGCCCGAGAAGCUGGCGGCCGGCCGCCUCGUGGUGGUGGUGCGCAUCCACCCGGACACGCUGCGCAGCAACUACACGGGCUUCCUGCGCGAGCUGAGCCGCGUGCUCCACACCAACGUGGUGUUCCGGCGCGACGUGAAGGGCGAGCUGAUGAUCUACCCGUACUUUGGCAACGAGCAGGAGCUGAAGAAGCACCAGUCAGCGGCCGCCAAGCGAAGACGGAGACGACGUUCCGCUUCCGUGGUGAUGGACAACUGGGCCGACGUCAGGGACAGUGUCAUGGCCACGCUCACAGAUAGCAUGUACCACGUGGUCAACCUGAGGCGGAGGAGGGAGCUGGACCAACAGGAGGUUAAGGGGUCGAUCGUGUAUCUGGAGAUUGACAACAGGCAGUGUUACACGCAGUCCACCGAGUGCUUCCAGAGUGCCACCGACGUGGCGGCCUUCCUAGGAGCCCUGCAGUCCCGCGGAUCCCUCGACAUGCAAUACGUCAUCGAGACCGUGGCCAGCGAGAACAUCCAGCCUCCGCAGAACGAGCUGUACCCCAUCUACGUGGUGCUGGCGGGCCUGGUGCUGCUGGCCUUUGUGGGGGUGGGCAUGGUGGCAUCCCGCAAGCGACGCCGCGAGCACGGCCAGCUCUGGUUCCCCGAGGGCUUCAAGACCAGCGAGACCAACAAGAAGAAGCGGCGCGAGCCCGUGGGCGAGGACUCGGUCGGCCUCAAGCCACUGAAGAACCUCUCGGACAUAUCCUUGAUGGACGACAACCAGAACGAAUGGGGCGACGAGGAGCCAUCAGACCACAAGCGCUUCAGGUUUGAGGAGCAAGCCAUGCUGGAUCUGGACGACCACACGGACCACCGCCAGUGGACGCAGCAGCACCUGGACGCCGCAGACCUCCGCAUCCCCAACAUCAACAUCGCCCCGACACCCCCUCAGGGCGAGAUCGAGAACGACUGCAUGGACGUGAAUGUCCGCGGGCCAGACGGCUUCACGCCCCUGAUGAUCGCCUCGUGCAGCGGUGGCGGCCUGGAGACGGGCAACAGCGAGGAGGAGGAGGACACGUCCGCCAACGUCAUCAACGACUUCAUCUACCAGGGCGCCAACCUGCACAACCAGACGGACCGCACCGGCGAGACCGCCCUGCACCUGGCAGCCCGCUACGCCCGUUCCGACGCCGCCAAGAGGCUUCUGGAAGCCAGCGCCGACGCCAACAUCCAGGACAACAUGGGACGCACCCCGCUGCACGCGGCCGUGGCUGCCGACGCACAGGGAGUCUUCCAGAUCCUGAUCAGGAAUCGAGCCACGGACCUGGAUGCCCGUAUGCACGACGGCACGACGCCCCUGAUCCUGGCGGCUCGCCUGGCCGUGGAGGGCAUGGUGGAGGAGCUCAUCAACUGCCACGCAGACGUCAACGCUGUCGACGACUUUGGUAAAUCUGCUCUUCACUGGGCAGCAGCCGUUAACAACAUGGAUGCAGCCGUCGUUCUUCUCAAGAAUGGAGCCAACAAAGACAUGCAGAACAAUAAGGAGGAGACCCCACUGUUCCUGGCGGCGCGAGAGGGCAGUUACGAGACUGCCAAGGUGCUGCUGGAGCACUUUGCCAACCGCGAGAUCACCGACCACAUGGACCGGCUGCCACGCGACAUUGCCCAGGAGCGCAUGCACCACGACAUCGUGCGGCUGCUGGACGAGUACAACCUGGUGCGCAGCCCGCCCGUGCACAGCGCCCCCCUGUCCAACAGCCUCUCGCCGCCACUGUGCUCGCCCAACGGCUACCUGAACAGCAUGAAGCCGAACAACGUGCAGAACAAGAAGGCCCGCAAGCCCGGCUCGGGGAAAGGCGGCGUGGCGUGUAAAGACGGUAGUAACGGCGGGAAGGACAUGAAGAACAAGAAGAAGAAGCCCCAGGACGGCCCGCGCGGCGGCCUGCUGGACAGCUCGGCCGUGCUGUCGCCCGUGGACUCGCUGGAGUCGCCGCACGGCUACAUCUCGGACGUGUCGUCGCCGCCCCUCAUGGCCUCGCCGUUCCAGCACUCGCCCACCUCCAUGCCCCUGGCGCACCUGCAGGCGCUGCCGCCCGAGGUCAACCACCUGGCCACGGUCAACCACCUGGGCAUGGCCCCCGGCAAGCAGUUCGACCCGCUGCCGCCCCGCCUCACCCACCUGCCCAUGGCCAGCGCUGCCGCCAACGGUCAGCUCGACUGGAUGUCCCGGCUGCACAGCAACAUGAGCCAGCAGCAGGGCCAGUUCAACAGCAUGGGCAACAGAGGAGUUCCGCAGGGGGGUAUGGGGGGCCACCAGGGCAACGGCGCAGUGACGCACGGCCUGAUGCACAACGGGUUGUCCUCCUCCACGCUCUCGCAGAUGAUGAGCUUCCCCGGCCUGCCCAACAACCACAUGGCCAACCAGACUCACCUGAUGCAGGGCCAGGGCAUGCAGUCCCUGCCCCAGAGUCUGCAGCAGCAGCUCCAGCAGCAGCAGAACUCAAACCCCCCCAGCAGCGUGAGCCCUGGGUUCAUGUCCGCAGACAUGGGGGGUCCUGAGGUGAUCCAGCAGGGUGGAGGUGGUGGUGGGGGCGGCGGAGGAGGCUCCAUGCCCAUCCACACCAUCCUGCCCCAGGAGACCCAGAUCAUGUCCGCCCAGCUGGGCCCCAGCCUGGCCAGCACCCAGUUCCUCACCCCCCCUUCGCAGCACAGCUACUCGGCACCCAUGGAGGGCAACACGCCCAACCACCAGCUCCAGGUGCCCGACCACCCCUUCCUGACGCCGUCCCCCGGCUCCCCGGACCAGUGGUCCAGCUCGUCGCCCCACUCCAACAUGUCGGACUGGUCUGAGGGCAUCUCCAGCCCCCCCACCAGCAUGCAGUCGCAGAUGGGCCACAUUCCAAACGACCACUUUAAAUAGAAAUCAACCAUUUCAUUUCAAGUUCAAUUCUUUUUUUUUGUUGUUGUUUUAUUUUUGUUUUAUCGUACAAAAUAGGUUGAAAUUUGUUGCCAAGACAAAAAAAGAAGAGAAAAACACUAGGGAGACGUACCAGUGAAAAACAAACUGAACUGAAGGAUUUUUAUAAGCUUUGAUACUAACAGUAAGUUUCCUCCCUCCCAUCCUCCCUCCAUUUUUUUAAUUUAUUUAAUGUCUAAUUUUUAAUUUAUACUUGUUUCCUGUUUGUCUGCCGAAAGACAUUUUAAUUUGAACGUCUAUAUCACUGGUCUGCUGAGAGUGGGUUGGCUUUCUCUGCGUCUGUAGCGUUGGUUUGUGUCCCUCGGUCGGGCUACAGUCCUCGGCCUCUGCUGGUGUGCACACUGGGUAUUUAUUGGUCUUAAUUUUUUGACUACUUUUUUCUUCAGUCUCCUUUUUUUCUUUUAAAUAUUUUCUAUAUAAUUGUAUAAUCCUGUAAAAAAUGCAAUUACGUUUUAUUAUAAGGACAUUUUAUAGAAUGUGUUUUUUGUUAUUUUAAUUGUGUCAGUAUUUAGAUUGUUUUCUAUGCCUUUGUUUUCAUUGCAACAGAACAGAACAGAACAGAACAAUCACAGGGAUGUCUUUAUAUGUUUCAUUUGCUACCAGAACAACAAAAAAAACAUAAAAACUUGUGUUUGUUUCAAUUGUAUUUUGUUCAGAUGUCUUAAAAGUGCAUGUAUGCCAAUUUAUUCUUGUGAAAUAUUCUUGAGAUACACAUAACUACUGUUCCAUUUUUUCAUUGUCACCAGAUACCUUUAAAGAAACACUCAUUUUGUUUUAUUCUGGGAGAUGUUUUGAAAUAUUGAUAAUCUUCCAUUCCAGUUGCUGCGAUACAGUCAUGUGGCUGUGAUGUUCCCUGGGUGUGUAAGAGGGGUUGGAGAGACCCCCCUCCCCCUCUCGCUCCACCUGUGUAUUUUAAGUUAGAGUCUGUAGCUUAAGUAUAGACUUGUGUGUGCUUAUCUUGUGAGCUGGAUUUCGGUUUUCAGAGAGUUCUGAAGUGUUCAGGAUGCCAUCCGAAUGUUAAAAGAGAUGUUUCUGAGGUUUAACAUGCACAACAGGAGUACACGCAAAUAAUAUAUAUUUUCUCAGUUUUACUGAGGUGUCUAGACAAAAAAAUAUAAAUAUAUUGCAGAAUAAACCAUAAAAUAUUUUAAGGGCCAGAGUGGGAGGUCAGGUUUUUUAACAGUAUGUUAAGCAAUAUUUAUUGACCUCUUGUUAACCUGUCUGAGCAUCAGGCAGCGUGACAUGAAAUUGAACAAAAUCAAUGAAAUAAAAAAAUGGGCUCAUUUGAAAUGUAUAAAAUGUUCUCAAUCUACAAAAUUGUAGUUUACAUUAAAUGUAUUUUCUGUUAAUUCUGUAAAAUUGUUCCUUUCAACAAUAAAUUUAACCGUUUGAUAUCUCAUA